ACGGUGGUGAACUCUACAAGGUGCAAAUCAUUAAAGGAUCACCAAAACACACCAGCAGCAGUAGCAGCAGCAGCAGAAGCAGUGAAGUGAAGCAUCUAGAAAAAAAAGGACCGCUAAAUUGCGUGUCAAUGUGUGUGACGUAUGUUGGAUAAAUUGUGUUGAAAAAGGAAAAAAAUUACCACAAAAGUAGGCGACGAAGGCGCAAGAUGAACGAGUGCCAGUCAGGAAGAGAAUAAAGUUUCGUGUUUCGGCUGCAUGUGGAGCAGCAGCAGAAAUCGAAUUUCCAAUCAGUGUGUGCGCCUGGGUGGCGGAAAAGUGUGCUAAUUCCGUGCCGUGCAAACAGUGAUUUUUGAAGGAAUUUUCCAGCGCAAAAGGAAGAACGAGAAGUAGUGUAUUCUGUGAACGAGUGAAGCAAAAAGUGUUUUAAGUUGCCAACCGAGUGUUUGAUGUAUCCGCGGAGUGUGUUUCAGUGAAAAAAUACUACCACAACGUGUUUGUGUGGCAAGAAGAAGAAGAGGAAGAAGUGAAAAGGAAAAACACCGUGCGUGUGCACUAAAAAGCAAUAAAAUAGUAAAGUUGUGUGUGUCCGUACUCGUGGAAAGUGUACGUGUGCGUGCUUCGUGGUUACUACUACUGCCACUACCACAAUCACUGCUACUAAGAAUGGGCGAGUAUCGCCAAGAAGCGGAAGAAAUGCUCGCCGUAGUGGGGUCACCGUGCACCGUGAAAGAACGUGCAUGAGAACGAGAAGAAGGAGAGGAAGAAGUGGAAUAAAUUGCGUGGACAGAACUCGUCGGAAUCGGAACCGUGUGCGACCGAGUGCGACCGGAAAUGGUCGCCGCUAGCCGUGGAGAGCAUGAGUGCCGAGGUUAGUGCCCAAUGGAGAUCGCUCGGAUUUAGUGCAACAUCCGACGGAGGCGGAGGCGGAGGCGGUUGCGGCGGCACCGGCGGUAGCGGACACUCGUCCUCCUCACCGGCCACCUUGCUGCCUGAUCUGCUACCAAUCCACGCCACCAAGUCGCCCUCACCGCUGGAAACGGUAACCACGGCGACGAAGGUGACGUGCGGCGAAAAGGGACAAAUCAAUCACAACAACAACAUCAUCAACAACAAAAGUCCGCGACUGGCCGCGGGAUCGGAUGAGGAUGAUGGCGGUCAGCGGCGGUGCAACAAAUCCCGGAAACUGAAUGGCCACGACGAUGCUGAUGCUGGAACCACGUGCCGUCAUGAUGGCGAUGGCAGUGGUGGAAGUUCAUCGGAAGAGUUCAACUGCGAGCUAGUGUUGCGCUCCCUUUCCGAGGACAAUGAUGACGACGGAAGGGAGACGAUGCUAACCGGUGAAUCGAACACUGACCGCGAUUCCGGCUUCGAAACACCAUCGCUCGAUACGUCCAUUCUGCUUCCAUGGGAAACCUCGACGACGACGACGACGACGACGAAGACGACCGGUGAACAGAGGGAACCGGAAGUGGUGAGCGGUGAUGAUGGAAGCGAAAAACAUCGCCACGAAUCGUCGAGUGCAUCGCAGCAGCAGCCGGAACAAGGACAACACUAUGUAGCGCACGUUGUUGCAGGGGAAUGCAGCGACUCGAAGGAUACGAAGCUGAUCCUGAGGCGACGCAACGUCACGACGCCGCCUGCUGUGAUCGCCAACUCCGAGAACGAGCACCAGUCGGUGCAGCAGGGUUGCUGUGAUUCCGGUGCUGCGAUGACAACGUCCGGAAGUGCUGCAACACCUCCCAGCAGCGGAGGAACAAGCGGUGGUCCGGCGCAGGAGACACCCAUUGUUAAGACGGAAGUCGAUGCUAACACGACACCAGCACCACAAUCCGAGGCAGAGGGUGGUUCCGUGGCACCGACGACAGCAAUGGUGGUGGUCAAGCAGGAGCUACUCGAGACGGCACCGGUGGCUGUUGCUGAGCUGCAACAGCUUGCGGCACCGGUUGCACCUCCACCACGACCAGCGGCCCCCCGCAGAGCACCCCACAAGGACGAUCCGUUACCGCUUCCGCUCGAACCGAAGGAACACCGGAAGUCGAACCGACGGAGACAGUUCACGGACCGUACCAUCGAUACGCUCUGCCUGCCGGAGAUUUUCUUUAACGCGCGCAUACGUCCGAAACCUAAGCCAAAGGUUGGUGCCAAGGCGGCCAAGACGGCAGCAGCGGCGACUGCAGCCGUAACCGCUGCUCCAACGCCAUCAACCUCCAAGAAACGUGCCAUUCCCGCUGCAACUGCGGUGCCCUCGACACCGAAGCGUCCAUCAUCCAAAACAUCACAGCCAGCAGUAGCACCCCGUACCGGGUCCUGUCCCCCGACCACACCGGCAAGGCCACUCGAUGAACCUAGGGGAGGGCGAGUGUCCACCACGCCCGCCCUGACCCGCUCACCCGCUUGUGUUACUCCGACGAAGGCACCCAUGGUGACGACGGCAGCGGCAACAGCAGCAUCAGCAGUUCCUAGAGUAAAUCCGAUCUUCCUGUUCGUCAAGCAGGAGGAC